AAACGGUCACUCUAAGUUACAAUUUUCCGCAAAACGCGUUUAGCAAUCUAGAUGUUUAUGUUUUUAAACAUAUAAAGAGGCAUGAAUUCAUAUUUCACAAUGGAUUUGGAGAACAACAACAAUACGCCAUUAACCGGCAAAGAACUCGAAAAAUGUGCUGAAAAAAGAAAAUAUGUAAUAACAGAUGAAAAGCAAGGGGAAACCAAAAGACUGAAAAAGGAGGAAUCAAAUGUGGAGGCCACAAACCGUCCGCCUGCGCAGAGCCCCAAAAAGCGCAUCGAACUGAACGGAAAGCCCAAGCACAACAAGGAUCUUAACUUCACGUACGGCAACUAUAAGCACUACUACGGGAAACGCAUCCUGGACAAGGAUUUUCACGACAUACGCCUGGACGUGCUUGGCACGCAGCCUGAUUUGUUUCGGGACAAGCAGCUACUAGACAUUGGCUGCAACUCUGGAUACCUAUCUAUACAGAUUGCCAAGAAGUUCAAUGUCAAGAGCCUCGUCGGCGUGGAUAUUGAUCGUGGCUUGGUAAAGGAUGCACAAAGCACCGCCAGUCACCUGAAGCGUACGACAAUCCCAGGACAGGGGACACCCCACAUACAAUUUGUGCACGGGAACUAUGUCCUAGAGGACGACAUCCUGCUCGAGAUUGAGCGAUCGCAGUUCGACGUAAUACUCUGUCUGUCUGUCACUAAGUGGAUCCACCUAAAUUUCUGUGAUUCCGGCCUGAAACAGGCCUUCAGACGCAUGUACCUGCAGCUGCGCCCAGGCGGCAAGCUGAUCCUGGAACCUCAGUCCUUUGAAGGCUACAAGAGGCGCAAGAAGCUAUCGGAAAAAAUCAGGGACAACUACAAUGGAAUUAAAUUCCGACCCGAGCAAUUCACCGAAUAUCUGCUUAGCCCGGAAGUGGGCUUUGCCAAAAUGGAACUUAUGGGUACACCGGAGCACUGCGAAGUAGGAUUCAAGAGACCAAUCCAGAUUUUUACAAAGUCAUACGAAAACAUGAAAUAAAAUAUAUCUAAAAAUGCUUGCAA